AUGGACUCGUCGACCUGCAGCUCAAAGUGUAGACAGCCACAACAACACAACCCAAGAACGUCUUCCGGCUCGAAAGACAUUCCCGCUCACCCGGCUGGCAAGAAGUUGAAGCUACUGCACGUACAAACAGCGUAUCUUGCUACAGCAUCUCCCUUUUUGGACACCUUGGCCGACAAAGAGUGCAUCGUGUCCUUGUCUAACCCUUUCCUUAGCGGGCCACAAUACAACAUUAACAGCUGCUGUUUGUCUUGA